CGAGGUGGCCUUUUUAGAACUUAUUUGGAAUGCAUCUGCACAAAAUUUCAGUUUUUGCGAUUCUGUUCUUUGUGGUUACAACUGCGAUGCGAUGCCUGUGGAGAUACGUAGAUCAAUUUUGAUUGACGAUUUACUGUGCAUGCCACAAGCAAGAUCUUGGAGCAUUCAGUCGUGCAAAACCAAAUUUAAACGACUUUGAUUUAAAUGCUUUUUUAAUUAUUUUGCAACUCUACAAGGUAAACAACACUUGUCGAUUCGCCUGCAUCUGUACCGGUUGUACGUUUUUUUUUUUUAUUAAUUUUAAAAACACCUUUCCACACUAAAUGUUGAACCAUCGACAAGUUCAGAUGAACGUGCACAGCGACGAACCUAAACGCAGCCAUUGGUGGCAUACGACCUGUCGAAAUCUGCAAUGUAGCAUUCUUCAUAUUUUUGUACUAACUGCAAUUUCCAUCACUGUUACUGAAGUUUGGAAUAAAUCCAAAGUCAAACAUCCUUACGUAGGUCUCAAUGUAGAACAAAUCAUCCGAAGGUACGAAUAUCCGGCCGAGGUCCACCACAUCACAACCGAAGAUGGAUAUAUUUUAACCCUCCACAGAAUUCCCCACGGAAAAGAAAAUCAUUCUCGAAACGGAACACCGGUUUUACUUUUACCAGGAAUCUUACAGACUGCUUGGGACUAUGUGCAUUAUGGACCUGACAAAUGCUUAAGCUUUCUUUUGGCGGAAAAAGGGUACGACGUAUGGUUAGGAAAUUUCAGAGGUACUACUUGGUCCAGAAAACACGCAGUCUUAAAUCCGGACGAAGACUCGUCUUAUUGGAAUUUUACGGUACAUGAAAUGGGAAUAUAUGACGUACCUGCAUUUAUUGAUCACAUUGUCAAAUUUACUAACCAACAUUCACUCCAUUACGUCGGCUUUUCUCAAGCAACGAUGGCUUUCACUAUUAUGGGUUCAGAAAGAAGUGAAUACCUCAAUAGAGUAAAACUAUUUACAGCUCUAGCUCCUGCUGCUUUCGUGGGAAACCCAAGAAGCCCGUUGCUGAAAUUUCUCUCGAAAAACCAAGACAGUAUAAAGACAUUUUUAAGAUUUUUUAAUUACCAUGAGAUUUUUAAGCGAGGUGAUAUAUUUACAACUUAUCUAGAACACAUUUGCAAUGAAAAUUCGAUUUUUGCGAACUUGUGUGUGCAACAUUUGUUUGUUAUGUUUGGUUACGAUUAUGAUGAGAUGCCUAUGGAAAUGUUGUCUCUAACAAGCUCACAUUUUCCCUCUGGUACAUCACUGACCAACUUAAAACACGUAUUUCAAAUGAUACGCUCUGGCAAUUUUAGCAAAUAUGACUAUGGCAUUCAGGGCAAUAAAAAAAAGUACGACCAAGAAAAGCCACCCCUCUAUAAUUUAUCUAAACUUACAGUACCCACGGCCUUGUAUUAUUCCAGUAAUGACUGGGCUGUAAAUAUGACGAAUGUGGAAAAGCUUAUUAGAGUACUGCCCAAUGUAGUGAAAACUUACAAAGUACCUUCAGAUGAAUUCAAUCAUUACGAUUUUCUAGCUGCAAAAAAUGUCGUUCGACUGCUGUACAACGCUGUUAUAGAUGAGAUUUUAAAAUACUAAAAUUAAACAUAGCGUUAAAAACAAAAACGUUUGUGAUGACCACGCAGGAUUUGAGGUGAUAUCGGGAUUGUCAUGUUGGAGGUGUAAUCUAAUCUAUAAUUAAUUCUCUGUAUUUGUACGCGUAUUACGGUUUUAUUUUUUGUUUAAAAUUGUUCAUGGGUACUUGAAGUAUAUAUCCGUUAAUGUAUGCAAGUAUUUAAAUUAAGAUUAGUGAUUUACAAUGCUUAUGGUAACCAUAAAACGUUCGCAAGAUCUCAGAGCCUUCAGUUAUGCAACACCAAAUUUAAACGAUUUUGAUUUAAAUGUGUUAUUAUUUUGCCAAACCUACAAGGUAAGCAACACUUGUUAACUCGACUAUGUUUCUUCUGGUUAUGCAUUUUUUUUGUGUGCUGUGUUUUAAUUAAUUGUAGUAAACACGUUUUCACACAAAUUGUCGAACCAUCGGGAAGUUCACUUGAACGUCCAAACCGCAGAACCAAAACGUAGACAUUGGUAGCACAUGAGAUGUUAAACUCCACUACGAAAUUUUAUCAAAAGGAAAAGCGUUGCAGACGUUUUUGAAGGAUUUCUCAAAUAUGUCUAGCGUAUAAAUGGUUAAUAACUGGUCGCGACUGAAGACGCAAAAGUGCUCAUGUGAAAGAGACUUAAUUCUAGGUUAUGAAUUUCUUUCGCGUCACGUAAUAAUAACUUAGUAUAAUUUUCACAAAAAAAAAAAUAAUCGUCGUUGAUAGCGUAGUGUAUAAUAGUGUAGUCAAUAGUUAAAUGAUCUUUAAAGAAUAAAUUUGUGACAACACUCCA